AUGGAUCGCGGCGGCGGGCCGACGCGAGUGCUGCGCGCGCAGCAGCCGCUGCAGCACUCGCUGGUGGUGACGGUCAGCGUCAUCAUGACGGCGUGCCUUGCGCUCAUGUACAUGCUGGUGUCGCGGCACCUCGCCAGCAUGGACCAGAUCGCCCUCGCCCUCACUGAGAGCAUAUCGGAGCAGACAACGAACCAGGCGGUGGAGGUGAAGGCGCUGGUGGCGGCGCUGGAGAACCACACCUACUCCGUGGCGGCGGCCGUCACGGACCACGUCGCCGUGCAGACUGUGCAGCUGCGCCAGCUGGCGGCGGAGCUGCGCAACCACUCGCACUUCGUGAGGGAGCACGUGGGGCAGCACGUGGACGCGCAGCAGGCGCAGCUGGCGGAGGUGGUGGCGGAGCUGAGGGCGCGCAUGGGCGAGGUGGCGUCCGCCGUCAUGGCGCCCCCCGCCCCCCCUCUGCCUGACAGCGCCAUCACCUCCUCCAACCUCACUCUGCUCGUUGCCGCCGGCCUGCGGUCCCAGGUGGGUGGGUGCCAUCCCAGGUGGGUGGGUGCCAUCCCAGGUGGGUGGGUGCCAUCCCAGGUGGGUGGGUGCCAUCCCAGGUGGGUGGGUGCCAUCCCAGGUGGGUGGGUGCCAUCCCAGGUGCGCUGUGGUGGCCAUCCCAGGUGCGCUGUGGUGGCCAUCCCAGGUGCGCUGUGGUGGCCAUCCCAGGUGCCAGGCAAGCUCGGGUCGCAUGGAGUUGGCUGUGAGGGGGUGGGACCGGUGGAUGGACAGCACAGGUGGCUGUGA